GCGGUGGUAAGUGCGCCGGGGCUGUGUGUGUAGGCAGCAGCGCCAGAGGAAGAGGAGCACGAGGAUGCAGCUGCUACCGUGGCCCCAAGAGGGAGCAGGCACUGUUCUGUGGUCGCGGGGGCCAAGAAAUUGGAAUUAAGCCUGGGGGUCCUGUUGUUGAGGUGACCAGGGCAGACGGUCUUGCCAGAAGCUCAGGCCUAGUAUCCGGGGAGAGUUCGGUCCGCUGGGCGAAGGCCUGCCGCCUUUGCUUCUUCCUGGCCCUCCAAGUCGAUGGUGGUGAAGUUGGUGGCCGCCAGAGGCACAAGCACCAGGCUGCUUCUCAUGCACCCAGCUCUUUUCUGGCCCUGCUUGGACAGCUGCGACGCCGCCUCCUCUCGCCGGUGGAUCCCACCCUCAGCGGCGGGGGAGGGGGAAAGUUUUCCCCUCUGCCGGGCUGCGUGGUGCCGGGCGACAAGGAGACCUUAGGAGAGAGGGGAAGAAUCCAGCAAUUGAGUUUUGUUCUGAUUGUACUGUGCUGAGCUGGGCAAAGAUAUCAUGGCAAAUGCAGCUUGAGCAAACAUCUCACAGUCCUGCUGCCGCAUCUUCACCGCCGUGAUGGACUGCAUCCACUCAAAUUGGUCUCCCUCUGUUGCCUAUGGGGAGGGAUAUCUCUCCCAGGGCUCAAGGGAACCUCCUGUCAUGGCCUCCUGAAAUAAUGGGACUUGAGAGACUGCCUAACAUCUGAACAUACAGAACCAGAUAAACUCUUGCACCAUUGCUACCCCAACAUUUUACUCUAGAGGAAUGCUCCUGUACAUGGAUUCCAAGCAGGUUAAAAAGAAAAAUAGCUGAUUAAAUCUCUGAGGAGCCAGGGAACGGGAUGACGGCCACAGCUGCAGCGGAGACAUCGAAAAUGGAGAAGAGUGCUUCCAAGGAAGAGAAGCAGCAGCCACGGCAGGAGGCCAGCACAGAGCGAGGCAAUGCUGACCCUGAAGACUGGAUGAGCUCUGAGAGUGACCCUGAACAGCUGGGCUUUAAGAGUGGCCACAACAGCUGCCAACCUGCAGAUACUCCGCGGAAGAAGAAAGAGAUGCCCUCUAAGCCACAUCGCCAGCUCUGUCGGUCACCCUGCCUGGACCGGCCAAGCUUCUCCCAGAGCAGCAUACUACAGGAUGGGAAGCUCGACCUGGAGAAGGAAUACCAAGCCAAGAUGGACUUUGCUCUAAAGCUGGGCUAUGCAGAAGAACAGAUUCAAUCAGUGCUUAAUAAACUAGGCCCAGAAUCACUUAUUAAUGAUGUAUUGGCAGAGCUUGUCAGACUUGGAAACAAAGGUGACUCAGAAGGGCAAGUCAACGUGAGUCUGGUGUUGCCCCGAGGGGCUAGCUCCAGAGAGAUCGCAAGCCCCGAAUUGUCUCUGGAAGAUGAAAUAGACAAUAGUGAUAACUUGAGACCAGUUGUUAUUGAUGGAAGUAAUGUGGCAAUGAGCCAUGGAAAUAAAGAAGAAUUCUCCUGCAGAGGAAUACAACUUGCUGUGGAUUGGUUUCUAGACAAAGGCCAUAAAGAUAUCACUGUAUUCGUACCAGCAUGGAGAAAGGAGCAAUCCCGCCCUGAUGCACCAAUUACAGAUCAAGAUAUUCUACGUAAACUAGAGAAGGAAAAGAUUCUCGUCUUCACACCAUCCCGAAGGGUCCAAGGCAGAAGGGUGGUCUGCUAUGACGAUCGGUUCAUAGUCAAAUUGGCUUUUGAUUCUGAUGGCAUCAUUGUGUCCAACGAUAACUACCGAGACCUUCAAGUCGAAAAGCCGGAAUGGAAGAAGUUCAUAGAGGAGCGGUUGCUGAUGUAUUCUUUUGUGAAUGAUAAAUUCAUGCCUCCUGAUGACCCUUUAGGACGCCAUGGUCCGAGCCUUGAGAAUUUCUUAAGAAAGAGACCUGUUGUCCCUGAGCAUAAAAAGCAACCAUGUCCUUAUGGCAAAAAAUGCACCUACGGCCACAAGUGCAAAUACUAUCAUCCGGAGCGGGCCAACCAACCCCAGCGUUCGGUGGCUGAUGAGCUCCGCAUCAGUGCCAAACUGUCCACAGUGAAAAUAAUGAGUGAAGACACCCUGGCCAAGUGUGGCGCAGGGAUGUCUACUGCCAAAGGUGAGAUAACCUCAGAGGUCAAACGUGUGGCCUCCAAGCGCCAAUCAGAUCCCAGCAUCCGGUCUGUGGCUGCGGAACCUGAAGAGUGGUUGUCCAUUGCGCGUAAACCUGAGGCCAGUUCUGUCCCUUCACUUGUGACCGCUUUAAGUGUUCCUACAAUCCCUCCCCCCAAAAGCCAUGCAGUGGGUGCACUCAACACCCGUUCAGCCAGCAGCCCAGUGCCAGGGUCCUCCCAUUUCCCCCAUCAAAAGGCCUCUUUGGAGCACAUGGUCAGCAUGCAAUACCCCCCCAUCUUGGUUACCAACAGCCAUGGCACCCCUAUUAACUAUACUGAGCAAUACCCAAAGUUUGAGACGAUGGGGGACCAUGACUACUAUUCAGUGUUAAGCGACUUCUCCAAAGUGGGCAUCAACAGCAUGCAUAAUCAUGAGUACUAUAUGUCUGAAGCAAACCAGGGGGUAUAUGUUCGGAAUCCCAGCCUCUGUACCGACAGUCACAUGAGCCAUACCAGGAAUGACAACUAUUCCUCUUACAACAACUUGUACUUGGCUGUAGCUGAUGCCCAUCCCGAAGGUACUUUGAAGCUGCACCGCUCAGCAUCUCACAACCAUCUUCAGCCGUUUUCCCAUGGUUACCAUGAAGCCUUAGCGAGAGUGCAAAGCUAUGGUUCAGAAGAUUCCAAGCAAGCACCACACAAGCAGUCUGUCCCUCACUUAGCUGUGCAUGCCCAGAACUCAGCAACUGGAGCACACUCUAGCUGUCCUGGAGACUACACCAUGCCUCCCAAUCUCCAUCCUGUGGGAGCCUCCCAGCCAGGCCGUGCUUUGGUGAUGACUCGAAUGGAUAGCAUUUCUGACUCCCGCCUCUAUGACAGCAACCCCAUGAGGCAACGGCGACCCCCUCUGUGCAGGGAACAGCAUGCUAGUUGGGACCCAUUGCCCCGUACAGCUGACUCCUAUGGAUACCACUCCUAUCCCUUAGGUAACAGCCUCAUGCAACCAUCUUACGAACCAGUCAUGGUAAGGAGCAUGCCUGAAAAAAUGGAGCAGCUGUGGAGGAAUCCUUGGGUUGGAAUGUGCAAUGAUGCCAGGGAGCAUGUAAUACCAGAGCACCAAUAUCAGACAUACAAGAACCUCUGCAACAUCUUCCCGUCUAACAUUGUUCUUGCAGUGAUGGAGAAGAAUCCGCACACAGCAGAUGCGCAGCAACUGGCAGCCUUGAUUGUUGCCAAACUUCGGGCUGCACGUUGACAUGACACAAAGGACUUAUUCCUUUACAUAAAUACAAAUACUAAUAAUACACGAUACUAUAAUUCUAAUAAGUAAUAAUUUGUGUUGUACUUUUAAAAUUACAGAGUGUUUAUAUCAUUUUAGUUCGUAUCAACUCUGUGAGGUAGAUCUUGGAAACAUCUAAUUUUAUAGAGACAGAAACUGAAGCUUGAUGAAGUUAGCAGACCUGCCAAGGUCACACUGCUAGUAAAUGACCAAGUCAAGACACAACCCAAAGUUCUCUGGCCCAAUGUCCCAUGUCCUUUUCCACUGAAGUGUGGAGGUAACGGAGGACAAAACGCAAGAAACCCCAAGGGAUUUCAUUACUGUUGUUUUCUUUUUGAGUUUUUGGAGACAGGGUCUCUCCUUGUAGCACAGGCUUUCCUGGAAGUUGCUAUGUCGACCAGGCUGGCCUUCAACUCACUCUGCCUGCGGAGUGCUAGGACUGAAGGCAUGUGCCACCACACCCAGCUACCAGGGUUUGCUUAGUCACAUAUUCCAUAUUAUAAAGUAUGGAUCAUCUGUCCAAUUUAGAGAGCAAAUACAUGAGGAUCAGAUUGCAUUGUGAAUUAACCUUUUAAGGGUUUAUAAAUAGAGAUAUUUAAAACUAAAAGUAACCACAGAUUUUAUUGCAUGGGUAUCUGAUCAUUCAAUAUCUUUAGCAAAGUAUAGGGGCCCAUUUGAAACUUCUAAAGAUAUAGAUGAAUCCUCCUCUUAGCAAUUCUACUGCAUGUAUGAAUUUAUAUAUUUGGUUUAAGAUGUGUUUGUAUCUCUGCUAUCAACUUUUUUAUCGUGAUAAUCAGACUGUAAGCUCUAUACAGUCUAUAGUUUACACCUGUACAGAUCACAAAUACAAACUCAAUGAUUUUGUCACAUUUUAUACUUUCAAUUUGAUUCAAAAGUGAAAUCACAUGUCAACAUUUAAACUUUGCUUUCUUGAGCACCAGAGUAAAGCAGCUAUAUUUCUUUUAUAUAUUUUACUUGACCACAUUUAUUAACCAUUCUUGGCUUUCUAAUCUCUUCACCUUAGCAAAUUAGGGGUCAGGCUGAAGUUUUCUAUAGAGGAGGUACUCUAAGUGCAUAUUCAACACUUAGUAUGUAUGUUUAUUAUACACAAGCGCUAAAGAGUUGGACCAGGACCACGGGCCUUACUACCAGAAUCUACUUCCCUUAUCCCAGGAGGGAUGGCAUUACAGAGUUGGAACUUCUGACCAAUUCAACAUUAUAGGACAAAGUGUCGUGAAAAAGCGUGCAUAAUCAUGUACACCACCCUCUCCUGUUGUCCACCCUUUGAGCAAUAAGAUCAGUCAUUGGUAGAGGAGAAUUCCUUCAGGAAACAAAACCAGGGUAUUUUCUAGGUGGCAAAAGAGCAGCUUCCAAAGGGGAAGUGCUCUGCUAUGCACUUCGAAUCCAUGCAGAGAGGGUGGGUGCACUGGGUGGUAGGUAAUGCUGAGAUGCAGUCAAUAUUAAAGAGGGUUAUGACUUUUGGGUCAGGUAGCACCAUUUGCACAGUUUGAAUCUUCCUCUGGGUAGAAUCAUUUGUAGCGACAUGCCUCUACAAGAGGCAUUCAUUGUUUUUGUUUUAAGAUGCAGUAAAUGAGCCCUCCUUUCUGAAUCCAUUGUAUAUUUCAACAUUUUGAACGAUGCCCAGCUCACAGUUUCUGAGGCUGGAACUUAUUAACUUCUACAGUCCUUUUUCAUGAGAGUUGAGAAGGCCUGGCCGUGGCCUUUUGUUUCUUCAUGAGAAGGUGUAAUACUGCCUAUA